GGCCACCCGAUAGGUUCCGCCAUCGAUAUCGAAGAACGAUAGUCCCGAUAGGUUCGGACAAAUAACGCCUCCUGCUAUCGAAAGUCGGGUCGUGCGUCAACGUUAGCGAAAAAUGCAAAAUUAAAUAUGUUGUGAGUAGCGAGCGAUGCCAAAUCGAAUAUGUUUGGUAGCUAAAACAAAUCGAGACGAUAACCGGAACAUCUUUUUGGAGAAUCUCGUCUGAAUACCUUUAGUCCCGUGUCUCCGUAAUGUUGUUAAAUGUUCUUGGAUCGUUCGAUGUGGUCUUUGUUCAUUAGUAACCAUCACUCUCAGCCUCCGAGUAACCGAAAUCUGGUCAAGAACUUAGCGUAGACCCGUAAUUAGCAAUAGCAAUAGCCAAAGAGCCUGGAUCGUAAGCGCGCUGGAGGAGGUCUGCAGAGCGAGCAAAGCCGAAGUACAAAUGCACCAAUCGAAACUGAAACAGAAUCUGUAACUUGGAACGGGUGAAUUCAGCGCACGCCACACAACCAAUUAGCUAGGUGUCAGAGGGUCCAGAGAAGGGAGUCCAGGAGACCAUCCCACCAAUCCAAACAGCAUACAUUUUAUAUACGGAACGGCCCGGCCUGUCGAGCGUAGUGGCAGCAGCACGCGAAAGCGUCUAUAAAUCUAGUUAGCAUGGAGUGCUGUUUAUCGGAGGAGGCCAAGGAACAAAAGCGCAUCAAUCAGGAAAUCGAGAAGCAGUUGCGCCGAGACAAGAGAGAUGCGCGCCGCGAGCUUAAACUGCUACUACUGGGCACUGGCGAGUCCGGGAAGUCCACAUUCAUCAAACAGAUGCGUAUUAUCCACGGCAGCGGUUACUCGGACGAGGACAAGCGUGGGUACAUCAAGCUGGUUUUUCAGAACAUAUUCAUGGCCAUGCAGUCAAUGAUCAAGGCCAUGGAUAUGCUGAAGAUUUCCUAUGGUCAGGGAGAACAUAGUGAAAUGGCCGAUCUGGUUAUGAGCAUCGAUUACGAGACCGUUACCACGUUCGAGGAUCCAUACUUGAAUGCCAUCAAAACGCUUUGGGACGAUGCUGGCAUCCAGGAGUGCUAUGAUCGUCGUAGGGAAUAUCAGCUGACUGAUUCAGCCAAAUAUUAUCUGAAGGAUCUCGAUCGUGUGGCUCAACCUGCAUAUUUACCCACUGAGCAAGACAUUUUAAGAGUUCGUGUGCCGACAACAGGGAUAAUUGAGUAUCCCUUUGAUUUAGAAGAAAUCAGAUUUAGAAUGGUGGACGUCGGAGGUCAGCGAUCCGAGAGAAGAAAGUGGAUUCAUUGCUUUGAGAAUGUGACAUCAAUUAUAUUUUUGGUAGCGCUAUCGGAGUACGAUCAAAUCUUGUUUGAAUCUGAUAAUGAGAAUCGAAUGGAGGAAUCUAAAGCUUUAUUUCGUACUAUAAUUACAUACCCUUGGUUUCAAAAUUCGUCAGUUAUUCUUUUCCUGAAUAAGAAGGACUUGUUGGAAGAGAAAAUAAUGUAUUCGCAUUUGGUAGACUAUUUUCCCGAAUACGAUGGUCCUCAGCGAGAUGCAAUAACGGCCCGAGAGUUUAUACUGCGAAUGUUUGUAGAUUUAAAUCCAGAUUCCGAAAAAAUUAUCUAUUCUCAUUUCACGUGUGCUACAGAUACGGAAAAUAUAAGGUUUGUGUUUGCAGCUGUUAAGGACACAAUUCUGCAAUCGAACCUUAAGGAAUAUAAUUUGGUCUAAACUGGAUUUGGAUCGAAAAACUAUUUUUGUGAUUUUUAUACAAACACACAUACACAUUCAUAUAAUUCCUUUUUCGCAUAUUUACUAAAUAUAAAAGAAGAAUUGAGAAGCGAGCGAAUGUGGCCGAAAAUUAGGCAUAAAUUAGACCCGAAAAAAGUUUCUUACGUUUGUUACAUCAGGAACCGAAAAUUGUAGCAUAAAUAGAAUACGAAAACUGAUAUGGUAAACCCGCAUCAACAGAAUGAUGGAAAAGAUGUAUACAUUUUAAUUUGAGAGAAAAAUAACACAAAAUCUGAUACAGUGUGACAACAAAUAAUCAGGGCAAAGUUUCUCGCUUUACCUUACGAAUAUGGCGAUUCGUAAAACAAUAAUUUAUAUUGGAAUAUUUGUAUUCUUUUCAACUGCAACGUUUUCAGAAAACGUUGUGUGAUUUUAUUAGCGUUUCGAAAAGGAAAACCCUUGAAAGUCAAAAAGACAGUAGCCAGAAAUGAUUGGGAACCAACCGAUAUAGUUUUUGGUUAGAUUUGAAUAAAUCGCCAGUUUAUUUCGGAUUCAAGCCUGGAAGACUGAUGGGAGUUUUUCCUUCCUACACAAGAAACUU